AUCUCUUUUUCUAAACUUUGCUCAUAAACUACUCGAUCACUACCUGGAAUCGUUGUUAUCCAGCAUGCAUGAACAUGCAGAGAACUUUCAGUUUCAUCUUUCAUGUCGAUCAUUUUAGGUGAGUCUUGGCAGUUCACACAAACUAGGUAGCUACCCGUCGCGUAUAUAUAGAUAGGAGCUCUGGGCCAGACACAACAGUGCUGAUACACCAUCAAUAAUCAUCUCGCCACCAUGAGCAACGGCAAGGUGUACGCCACGGUGGUGCUCAUCAGGCUGAUCUAUGCCGGCAUGCACAUACUCACCAAGGCGGCCUUCAACGAGGGCACCAGCACCACGGUCUUCGUCUUCUACAGGCACGCCGUCGCCGCCAUCUUCUUGUUGCCCUUCGCGUUCUUCCUUGAGAUCAGGAAGCGAUCGGCACCACCCCUGACGUUCAAACUCUCUGCCAAGAUCUUUGUCCACGCCUUCUAUGGUAUGGCUGGAACGAUAAACUUGUACAGCAUGGGUCUGAAUUAUGCUUCGGCAACCUCUUCAUCGGCUAUCUUCAACAUCGUACCGGUGGUCGCAUUCAUCUUGGCUGUCAUGUUCAGGAUGGAGACCCUGAACCUGAGGAGCGUCCAUGGCAUGGCCAAGGCCUCGGGGAUACUCCUCUGCGUCGGAGGCGUCAUCGUGCUGGCGCUGUACCAGGGCCCCGACCUCAAGUCCUUGAACCACCACCAGCUCCUCAGCCACCACACGAGCGCCGCCGCGGCGCACGCGCAUUCCAAGAAGGACUGGGCACUGGGGAUAUUUCUGAUGACAACAUCGGUCGUGAUCUGGUCUCUCUGGACGGUGCAGCAGGGGCCUUUGUUGCUGGAGUACCCUUCCAAGCUCCUGAACACGACGCUGCAGUGCGUCUUCGCGAGCGUGCAGUCGUUUGUCAUCGCCCUAGUCAUGGAGAGGGACUUCUCGCGGUGGAAGCUCGCCGGCGGCGUCAGCCUCGCCUCUGUGCUCUUCACGGGCAUCGUCGUGGCCGCGAUCUCGUACUACCUGCAGAUCUGGGUGAUCGAGAUGAAAGGGCCCGUGUUCCUGUCCAUGUCGAUGCCGCUGAGCCUCAUCUUCACCAUGGCCAUCGCCUCGCUCUUGCUGGGAGAGGACGUCAGCCUCGGAAGCAUUAUCGGCAGCGCGCUGCUCGUCGCCGGCCUCUACAACGUGCUGUGGGGUAAGAGCAUGGAGGUGGAGCAGGGGGCGGACGAGACGCGGAGCAGCGCCGACGACGGGCACGUGGAGAAUGCGGCGGCGGUACGGCCGGAGGCAGGGGAGGAGGAGAAGCGCGGCGGGACGUGCGACGCGGCGGACAAAGCCUGACGCGUACGUGCGUGCGAACGAUGCGAUCUGGUGAUUCUUGCCGUCGAUCUUUGGAGACCGGUGGGUGUUCGUACGAUGACUGCAGAAAUGAUGCGGGCAAGAUCAGACACUGGUGUCCGAUCAUCUGAAAAACGAUUCUUCGGCUGUUCAUCACCACAUGUAUGUAGUAUUAAGUAUUGUUUGUGUAUUGAGAAUUUGAGGUGGACAUCACAUGAAGUUGUAAGUGAUGACCGAAUGAAUCUAGUGGUUUUUUUUUUUUAAAGUUCAUAUUACAACCAUCAAUCUGAUUUUCAACCGUCAACUCUGAGACCA